AUGGACAAGGUCAUCGUCAUUGACGCCAAGGGGCACAUGUUCGGUCGUCUGGCCUCGGUUGUGGCCAAGCAGCUGUUGCAAGGCCAGCACGUGGUUGUCGUGCGCACCGAGGGCAUCUGCAUGUCCGGUGGCAUGGUUCGUCGCCGCAUGGCGCACGAUCGCUACAAGAACAAGCGCAUGAACACCAACCCGAAGAGGGGUCCGUACCACUACACGUCGCCGUCCCGCAUCUUGUGGAAGACUGUGCGCGGUAUGAUCCCGCACAAGACUGUGCGUGGUGCGGCUGCGUUCGAACGAUUCAAGGCGUACGAAGGCAUCCCGGCGCCGUACGACAAGGUGAAGCGUGCUUGCAUUCCGGAAGCGCUCAAGGUGUUGCGCCUCGGCGAGGGCAACCGCUUCUGCGUCCUCGGCGACUUCUGCGAACAAAUCGGUUGGAAGCACGGUGCGAUCGUGCGGGAGCUCGAGGGCAAGCGCCAAGCCGCUGCCUCCGAGUACUGGGCGUCCAAGAAGGAGGCGAACGCCAAGUUUGCGCAGGCCAAGGCUGCGGCGAACGCGCAACUUGGGGACCUUCAGCAGUUGAUUGAACAAACUGGUUACUAA